GGUCUUUUCACUCACAUCGAUGCCCUACCCGUAUUGGUCUCGGCGCUUCGUACCGAAGAGCCCGUCAGGACCCCAGCGCUUUCGGUCAGCCUGUCGAACGCCGUGAAGGCGGUGGCCGACUCGAUUACAGCUAUGGUCCAAGCGAGUCAGCAGGCUGCAUAUCUUGCCGGAGCUGGGAGCCACGGGGCCACGGCGGGUCGUGCCACCGGAUUGACACCGAGUGAAGCCGCUCUGUUGGCUGGCCGUGUCGAAGCGAUACACACAGACGCGCGAGUUUUAAUGGCCGAACUGACUGCACAAACAGUUAACGGUCAGACUUCCGAAUUGGGAUCAGCCUGUGGGGAGCAACUUUCGCCUUUGGUGAGGGUUCAGGUUUAG